GUCGACUCUAAUAAGCACUGGAUUGUUCAUGAAGAUGGGGAGAAAAAUCCAGAGAGGGUGAAAAGAUAGAAAUCCAUUUAUAAGUCUAGGCUGUGACUAUUUGCAUGGCGAUGAAGGCCCCUAGUGUUCUGCAGUGUUCAGAUGUGAGUCCUAGACAAUAGGGCCUGUGUUUGUUCUUCUCCAGGAAGUUUGAGAAGGGCAGAAAAGGGGAGAGAAGAAGAAGAAAAGGGAAGGUCGUCAGCAGAGGGGAUUACGCAUUGUGAGAACCAUGAGCAUUCGCUUCUGCCAUUGUGGUGACUGAAUUGCUUGCCACUACCAGGGUAUUUAGUCAAGCAGAUUGUGUUUCUUUACAGCCGGUGAUGAUCUCUCUUGACGACGCUUGGUGACAAGUGGCUUUGAGGGACAGCAGCAUCACACAAACAGAUUGUGACUAUCUAUGAUGAAUACAAUGAUCUUCCUUCAUAUAGCUUCACUACAAUUAACCAGGAAAGAGAUCAAAACUCAGAGACAUGAGCAAGCAUACAAACCACGUCAUAACAAGAUGGGAUACAGCACUGCCGGGAUCAUGAAUUACUGUCCUGUUGAAUGAAGAAUUGGUAGCAAUGGACUAGUGAUACCUCUCUUUUCUGUCCACUAACCAUGGGAAGUACAGAGGAAACGCGCAUAUGGACAGUAAAAACGAGCAUGCACAUGGUUUUGGCCAUGGUGACGGUCUUUUCUAUGAUUCCUGGCGGGGUGCUGAGUGAUAUGAGAGGUACUCAGGAUCUGGAAACCCAACAAUUGGCCCAGAGGUCCUUUCAUCUGCACCAUCGCCUGAAGAGAGGUUGGAUCUGGAAACAGCUGUUUGUCCCCGAGGAAGAUCCCACUCCUCGUGUUAUUGGCCAGCUUAAAUCUGACUUUGAUCGAGGCGACUUUUCUAUCAAGUAUAUAUUAUCGGGAGAAGGUGCUGGAGAUGUGUUCGAGAUAGAUGAGAAUUCUGGUGACAUCCGGACACUGAAGAAGCUCGACAGAGAGGAAAAGGCCUUCUACAUUCUUCAAGCCCAGGCUAUCAACAGGAGGACCAAUGAACCAGAGGAGCCCCAGUCAGAAUUCAUCGUCACAGUGCAGGACAUCAAUGACAAUGUCCCCCACUUCCAGAAUGAACCAUACGUGACCAGCAUUCCUGAGAUGUGUCCAACUGGGACCACAGUGGCCCAGGUGACAGCUACAGAUGCUGAUGAUCCCAUGUUUGGAAACAACGCUAAGCUCAUCUACUCCAUCCUGCAGGGGGAGCCCUACUUCUCUGUGGAGCCAAAGACGGGGAUUAUUGUAACAUCUUGGCCAAAUAUGGACCGCGAGGCCAGGGAGCAGUACCUAGUUGUGGUACAGGUGAAGGAUAUGCUAGGCCUCAGUGGUGGUUACUCCUCCUCCACCACAGUCACAGUCAGCCUGACAGAUGUCAACGACAAUGGACCUACAUUCCAGCACCACCUGUAUGCCUUUGCCAUCCCUGAGAAUGCACCCGUGGGCACCACAGUGGGCAGGAUUAUGGCAGAGGAUGGAGACACUGGCAUCAAUGCCAGAAUGACCUACAGUCUAGAGGAUGAUCUGGAGGAAAGCUCCACUUUUAUCAUCAAAACAGACCCAGUAACACAAGAGGGAGUGAUUCUGCUGGCCAAGCCUUUGGAUUUUGAGACUAAAAGACGUUUUGUCAUGGCUGCAGAGGCAGUCAAUGAUCAUGUGGACACUCGUUUUCUAACUUUGGAUGAGUUCAGGGACAGGACAACACUCAAGAUUGUCGUGGAGGAUGUGGAUGAGCCGCCUGUCUUCUUCUCACCGGUUUACGAGUGGAAAGUUCCUGAAAAUGCAGUGGUGGGAACCGUGGUUGGCAGUGUUAGUGCCAGAAACACUGACACAGUCAACAAGCCCAUCAGAUAUUCAAUUGACAAAAGGAGUGAUUCCACAAAAGCUUUCAAAAUCGACCCGAACAAUGGAACUGUAACCGUCGCUAAACCUUUGGACCGAGAGACGUCAAACUGGCACAAUUUGACUGUUGAAGCAAGGGAAAUAACGCAGAACCAUUUAUCCUCCUCUGUGGUGGUGUUCAUCAAAGUACUGGACAUAAACGACAAUGUGCCAAGGCUUGCAAGAGAUUACCAGCCAUAUAUCUGUGAAGGAACACAGGCAGGAGAACUCAUUCAGCUGCUCAGUGCUGUUGAUCCUGAUGAACCUGUGGAAGGACACCACUUCUACUUCUCUAUGGUUCCUGAGAAACACAUCAAUCCAAACUUCACUAUCAGAGAUAAUCAAGACAAUACAGCUGGCAUCGUUGCACGCAGGAGUACUUUUACCCGCAAGGAUCGAACCCAGUAUCUCCUGCCUGUUGUGGUGACAGAUAGUGGCUCUCCAGCUCUCUCCAGCACCAGCACUUUGACCAUCAGUGUGUGCAGCUGCCAACCUGCUGGUCAUUGUCCCACCGGGGGGGUGGAGGCCCUUGCCCUGUCUAUGGGGGUCAGCUUGCAAACCUUGUUAGGGCUUCUGGUCUGCCUGGUCACACUCACAGUGCUGUCAGUUCUAAUGCUGAUGGUGAGGAGACACAGGCGGAAGCAGCAGGAGGCACUGGAGGUGGAGGCAAAGGAGCUAGAGCUGCCUGAGACAGUGUCACAGAAGGUGCUCUAUUACAGAGAACCAGGGGCUUUAGGAGCAGACUUGGACUUCUGCCAGCCAGUUGUCCCGCUGCGCCCCCACCCCAGGAGGAAGGAGAGGAGACUACGGAGGGAGGAUGUCAGGGCCAGCAUACGAAUGUCCCUCAGAGAGUCCCACCUAAUCGGACCAGAGGACGAGGUUUUUAGGCAGUUUAUUCUAGACAGACUGGCAGAGGCUGAUCAGGAUCCUUAUGUUCCCCCAUUUGACUGUCUAAGAACCUAUGCAUAUGAAGGGUCCGGAUCUCCCACAGGAUCCCUGAGCUCACUGGAUUCAUCUACUUUAGAGCUUGGACCUGAGCAACCUGUUUGUAAUCCCAGACCUUACUUGGUGAGACUUACCCCUUGGUAUGGGGUAGGAGAGGAAGACACCACCUUCUGAGGGGCUUUUCUUUUUCUUAAAUGGCUGUUCUUCUAACCUUUUCACGAUGGACCACUUCAGUGCAUUUCCAAUGAUAACAUGGUGGAAAACAAAAAUUUUGUUGCAGAAUUGAAUUUCAACGGAGGUUCAGACUUUUGCUCAUUCACUUCCUUUCCAAGAGCUAGAUCAGGUGAUUGAUACCACUGUGUCUGUUUGAUAAAUAUAAAGAUACAUUAUAUAGACAAAAGGAUUGGGGCAUCUGACAUUACGCUAACAGGGACUUUAAUGAUAUUGCUUUCUAUAUACAUAGACAUCUUUGCAGCUUUAACAGCUUCCACUCUUCUGGGAAGGCUUUCCACAAGAUUUUAGAGUGUUUCUCUGGGAACUUAUGCAGU